CGCUGACUGCCAAGCACGCUCACAAUCUCCAAUUGGCCGCCCCUGAGCGCCGAUCCGAAAGACGACCACUAAAGUGGACGACUUUACCUUCGCUUCGUCUUUCGCGAGCUUUCAUGACCGACUAGAUCUAUUCGCAUUUGACGGCUCAUCCCCUUCUCUCCUCUUCUUGUGCUCCCCUCUUCCCCUCUCUCCCUUUCCCCUCUCCCCCCCUCGCUCUAUUCGACGAUGGUCUUCGGGCACGGAGGCAGGCCUCCACCAGCGAUGGACGCACACGGCCACAUUUACGAUGCCAACAUGUCGCAACCUUAUCAGGUUGGACCGUCGAAUGUCGACCGACCUCCCUACGUAUCGGACCCCAGCCAUCCGGAGUAUGAUCCCGCCAUCGACCCUAACCUACAGCUGCGAACUGUCCGGACAGCGGCCGAGUCGAUUGCCGAGUCGCACCGAUCGGAGAUGCGUAGGGACCAACGAGCCAAGGCUCGUCGUAGGGGCGCAGGUGGGAGCAUCCUGGGCAGGAUCGGGAGGGGCAAGACGCUGCUGCGAAAGGACAAUGCCCAUCGAAGAAAGACGUCGGCCGGCAUCGUCGAGAUGGUGCAGGACGAGCUGGGGAGAAUACGGCAAGGUCAGGACCAGGACCAAGAGCUGCACAUGACGGGCAUGGGCGAAGAUCCAACCGAGGGCGAGCCUGCAGGCAUGGCUUUUGAAUCGGCCCAGUCAGACUUUACUCCUGCGGGCCACGAGAUGCUGCCGUCAAAGCCAGACCAGAGCCUCAAGAAGAAGGGUCCCUGGUACAAGGUCAAGGCCAAGCCAGCUAAGCGGAGGAACGUCUACAUGAAUGUUGCACCAUCGCCUCAGGACACCAACGCGAGGGGCGAAAUCACGGCGAGGUAUCCGCGGAACAAGGUCAGGACAUCAAAGUACACGGUCGUCUCUUUCCUUCCUCGCUUCCUGAGCGAGCAGUUCAGAAGACUGGCGAAUAUCUACUUCUUGGGCCUGGUCCUCCUUCAGACCUCGGACAAAUUUGGCGCGACGAUCCCUCAGAUUGCCAUGCUGCCCCUUGUGGCCAUCCUGACCAUCACAGCCAUUAAGGAUGGCAUCGAAGACUACCGAAGACACAUAAUCGACAACCAAGUCAACAAUUCCGCCGUGACGAAGCUGGGCAAUUGGCGCAACGUCAACCAGCCAAAGGAUGCACGAAACCAGCUACAGAAGCUGAUGGGCAUGGGUUCGCGUAGCGGCAAAGUGUCGAAGGGGGUGCGGAAAUUGAGAGAAAAGGAGGACGCCAUCGGCAUGCGUGCCGUUCGGCCGCCGAAGUCGACUUCCACGCCCGCACAGACUGAGGCCGCGCGAUACAUGGGUGGAGCCCCGGUUUCGAGACCGGGCACGUCAGACAGCUCCAACACCAACCGGCUUGAAACAAUUGCCUCGGAGAGCGACUAUGGAAAGCAUUCGGUCAAUCGCAGUGGUAGCCAGCAGCACCUUAUCGACGAUAGCCAUCUCGGUGGUGCCAGCACGGCGUCGUUCCUCCCGGCCACAUCGUCAUCAGCAGCUCAAACGCCCGGCGAGGGUGUGAUUGACAUGCAAAGGCGAACGCCUGGCACUGCACGAUGGGAAAGGACGCUCUGGAAGAAGCUUGAGGUGGGCGACAUCGUCCUGCUGCAGGAGGAUGAGCAGGUCCCAGCAGACAUGGUGCUUCUGAAUUCCUCGGACCCAGAUGGCAUUGCGUUCGUCGAGACGAAGAACCUCGACGGAGAGACGAACCUGAAGGUCCGCAAAUGCCUCAAGGCCACAUCUUCGAUCCAGACGGAAGACGACAUUGAGCACGCCCGUUUCGUCAUCGACUGCGAGCCCCCGCAUGCGAAUCUUUAUGCAUUCAAUGCUCUGCUCAAGUUCCAGCAGAGCGGCAAGACGAUGGUGGAGCCCGUCACUGCUAAUGAGCUUUUGCUCCGAGGCUGUGCGCUCCGCAAUACCGAUUGGGCCAUUGGCAUCGUCGUCUUCACUGGUAGCGACACCAAGAUUAUGCUGAACGGCGGCGAGACGCCCUCGAAGCGUAGCAAGAUUGAAAAGGAGACCAACGUCAAUGUUGCCGUCAACUUUGUCAUUCUUCUUGCCAUGUGUACCGCUUGUGCCAUCGUGGGCGGCCUUAUUCUCAACAAGACCAAUACUUCGCGAGAUUACUACGAGCCAGAUUCGACCGACUCCUCGUCAAACAUCAUCAACGCCCUCUACAUCUUUGGGUCUUGCCUCGUCCUUUACCAGAACAUCGUUCCCAUCUCGCUCUACAUCUCCAUCGAAUUGACAAAGACGAUUUCCGCCUUCUUCAUCUAUCAAGACAUCGACAUGUAUUACGAACCCCUGGACCACCCUUGCGUGCCAAAGACGUGGGGCAUCGUCGAUGACCUUGGCCAGAUCGAGUACAUCUUUUCCGACAAGACGGGCACGCUAACGCAGAAUGUGAUGGAGUUCAAGAAGUGCUCCAUCAAUGGUGUCUCGUAUGGCGAGGGCAUUACCGAGGCCAUGAUGGGUGCGAUGAAGAGGCAGGGCAAGAGCUUGAGUGGAUUGGACGCGGACUCGCAGGCGGCCCAACUCGAAGAGAUGCGCAUUGACAUGGUGUCCAAGAUGACUCGGGCUUUCAAGAACCGAUUCUUACGGCCCGACAAAGUCACACUCAUAUCGCCUCAGCUCGCUGACGACAUGACGUCGGCAUCGUCGCCCCAACGACGGCAUACAGUGGCCUUUUUCCGAGCUCUUGCCCUGUGCCAUACUGCACUCGCUGACCGAACCGACUCCGGAGACGCUUUCACUCUCGAGUACAAGGCGCAGAGCCCCGACGAAGCGGCCCUUGUCGCUGCAGCCAGGGACGUGGGGGCUGUCUACCUCAACCGCAACAACCAUGUCGUCGACAUCGAAGUCAUGGGCGCGCCUGAACGGUAUCAGCCUCUCAAAGUUCUCGAAUUCAACAGCACUCGGAAGCGCAUGAGCGUCAUUGUACGCGAACCUGAUGGAAGAAUUCUCAUGAUCUCGAAGGGUGCCGACUCGGUCAUCUACCAGCGCUUAACUGCAAAUCAUGACGAGGAGCUCAAGAGCCGCACACAAAAGGACCUGGAAGACUUUGCCAAUGCCGGUUUGCGGACGCUCUGCAUCGCCUACCGCUACCUGGAUGAGGGCGAGUACCUGGAAUGGGCCAAGCUGCACGACGAGGCGGCUGCAUCCCUUCAAGACCGCGAUGAGGCCAUCGACGAGGUAUGCGAGCGCAUCGAGCACGACCUUACUCUGAUGGGCGCCACGGCACUGGAGGACAAGCUCCAGGUUGGGGUACCAGAAACAAUCGAGAAGCUGCAUCAAGCAGGUAUCAAGCUUUGGAUUCUGACUGGUGACAAGCUCCAAACGGCCAUCGAAAUUGGUUUCAGCUGCAAUCUCUUGUCGUCCAACAUGGAGAUUAUGAUCAUCUCAGCCGAUCACGAACAAGGAGCCAGAGCUCAGCUGGAGGCGGCUUGCAACAAGAUUGCAGCUUCGGGUCGACCAAUCGUUGUCCGGAGCAAGGAGGGCAAGGGCCUUGGCAAGAAAAAGAUCCAGCAGCAAUUUGACGGUCACGGCACCGAUCCAGUCGACAAGGGCGCAUUCGCGGUUGUCGUCGAUGGCGAGACGCUCAAGUUCUGCUUGGACAAGAGCCUCAAGCCACUGUUCUUGGCCCUCACGACGCAGUGCGAAACGGUCGUGUGCUGCCGUGUCAGUCCCGCUCAAAAGGCUUUGACAGUACGAUUGGUCAAGGACGGCAUCGGAGCCAUGUCUCUUGCCAUUGGCGACGGUGCCAACGACGUUUCAAUGAUCCAGGAGGCCCAUGUGGGUGUAGGUAUUGCUGGCCUCGAGGGAGCACAAGCUUCAAUGUCGGCCGAUUACGCCAUUGGUCAAUUUCGUUUCUUGGCAAAACUCCUCCUUGUCCAUGGACACUGGAACACCUACCGAAUUGGCGUCUUGCACCAGGUUUUCUUCUACAAAAACCUCAUCUGGACCUUUGCCCUGCUCCUCUUCCAGAUUUUCUGCGAGUCCAACGCCACCUAUCUCUUCGACUACAGCCUGGUGCUACUCUUCAACCUCAUCUUCACUUCGCUUCCAGUAAUCAUGCUCGGCAGUUUGGACCAGGACGUCAGAGCGCCUGCACUCUUGGCCUUCCCGCAGACCUAUGCUCCAGGCCGCGAGGGCAAGCUUUACACCCGCACCCAGUUCUGGUUCGCCUGUAUCGACGGCAUCUACCAGUCGAUCGUAUGCUUUGCUAUCCCUGCAGCAGCCUGGUACUAUUUCCCCAUGGUCACUGCCAACGGUCUCUCGCUCGAUCCGCUCACAGCCCUUGGAACGACGACGGGAGCAGCUUGUGUGCUGGCGGCUAACCUCUACUGCGGCCUGAUGCUUCAGAAUUGGUCCGUCAUUAUUUGGGUCGUCAUCAUCCUCUCCAACCUCAGUUAUUUCAUCUGGGUCGCCAUCUACAGUGCGCCAGCAUUCGCAACCACCUACACCUCGACAGCAUUUGUGCUGUUUGGCACGGUACAAUUUUGGGUCAUUGUCCUCAUCUGUGUUGUGGUCAGUCUGCUGCCUCGGUAUGUCUGGAUCGCCUGGAAUUCGUCCUUUAGGCCCACGCACGUCGAUCUCGUUCGACAGGCAUGGGUAAAGGGGGACCUCAAAAAGCGGCUCGGCAUCCGGAACGAAGAGGUCGGCGAUGUUGAAGGUGAAGACCUCUCGUACGAAAAGGCAUACACAGCCGGAGCAUCAUCCGAAGGUGAUCCGGAGCGAUGGGCGCCUCACACCUUCCCUCCAAAAAACCCGAACGCACUGCAGCAGGCCGGGCAAGCAUAUCAGCAGAUGCCGCGAGAUACUUCAUCAUCAUUGGCGGAAGCGGCAGCGUCGUCAGACGGUGCGAAGAGGGCGUCCAGAGGACCGCGAGAUUCGCUCAUGCCGAAUUUGUCUGCAACGGGUCGCGAAUCCGCAUUCUCCUUUUACGAUCCCGACCAGAUCACAUCAUCGACCCCAAUUCCGACGCGCGCCAAUCCUUACGGCCGAUAUCGGGAUGACAGCGACGAGGAAGAAGGGGAUGGUCCUGCAUUCGAGGUCCCACAAAUCACGGUGCAGAGGGCCUCUGGUCAGAGCUUCUACCCGCAGCAUGCCUCAGCAGACUCUCGAGUGGCCUUGGCAUCGGCCAACAACGAAAGCGUAGACAGCUUCGAGAUGAAUUUCAAAGACGCUGGACUAUCGAGCAGCCAAGGCUCCACCCAUGGACAAGCAGCGGCGGGCGACGACGACGACGAUGCAUCACCGGUUCUGUCUCCUCUUCAGCGAUUCCACAACCGCUUUGGAGGUGCGCAGCAGCAGCAGGCGCCUUCACCACUGCAAAGAUCCGCAUCGGUGACAGACGACGCUCAGCAGCUACCUCAUCAUCCAGGAGAUGAGUCCAACUGGACGGAGACAAGCUUCCACACUGCUUCCGGCGACGACAACCACCAUGCACCGAAUCGAUGGCAAUGACCUCAUGGACCUUUUUCUUGUUCCCAUUACUUCCCUUCCGUCUAUCAUUGCCUAAUUUCUUUCUUGCACCACUCCCUCUUCCUUUUCCAGGCUCCUCCCCUUUUCUUGUUUGAUCUCUAUCUAGAUAAGCUCAACAUCUCUCUGCGAGCGUUUCUUCUAUUCUGUCCCCUGGCUUCUCAAUGCUUCCAGCUCUCUUCAAUUCAUGAAUGCAGGCGA